GUGGAAUCAUUUAUUUCUGAGAAUUGUUUCCAGCCAUAAAUACAGCAACCACUAGGUAAUAACAUCUGCCAUAUUAAAAAUCGUAUAUUGGCUUCAAUGCUUGAGCGAUCGUUGUGUUUGUAAAGAUAAAGAAGGCAUCAUAUAAUUUGGCUCAUAGCAACAGUUGAAAUUAAAAUUUUCUCUGUGACUGAAAGGGUUAAAUACGAUAGUAAAAGAAACUAAUAUACUAAUUCUGUAAAAAAAAAUUAAGACUCGUAGCGUGUAUAAUGAGUGAAGUGUAUAUAUAAUCAUAGUCUACGUAUUGUCAGUGGCUGCAUCCGAAUACUGACCUAAUGGAUCCAUUAGCUAAGGGAUCCACUAAAAGUGCAUCGUAGUGGACGCGGCCAUCUUUGAGUUGAAUCAAAAUUAUCACAAGGGAUGCUGAUGCAUCACUUCACGCAUCCACUAAUUCGAGAUUUCUAGGGAUGCGACACUCGCAUCCACUAACGCGUCCCUACAUCCAUUAGCUUCGGAAUUGGGUUUUAUUAUGUUUGUGUAUAACAUUACUUCAGAUUUUCAGCAUAAGAUUUGUUUAAAACAUUAUUAGUGAAAGUGAUAACUUAAACAGAGACAAAUGAAGACGUUAAUAAAUAUAAUCAAAAUACGAAUUUAAACUUAAAGGGUAAUUCAAAACUCAUAAGUAUUUUUAAAGUUUACAAUUUAUAGAAUGUAUUUUAUUUUGAUCACUAACAUGUGUAACAUUCACGUUACGUUAUUUUUUAAUAGGUAGGUAUUUAUUAUUUACGUUUUGCUGAAUAUUCGUAGAUAUCCAUACACAAAAUGGCUGCGUGAACAUUAGUACGACUGACAGUCAACAGGUGGUGCUAGCAGUAAAUGUAUUCGGAUACUAUCCAUACAUUAGAAAUGCGUCCUCUACAUUGUGGCUGCAUUUGCUAAGGGAUGUAGGGAAGAGUGUGCUAAGGACGCAUCUCUGUGUAUUCGGAUACAGCCACAGUUUCCGCGUGGACAAAUCCGGAAUGCGGAAAACAUGUCGUUACCGUGCAUAAUUUUAUCAUAUUGUUAUGAACGCUGGAGACGAGACAGCGACGGCGCCAAGUGCGUGACCGGUGGCUGCGGGGGCGCUGACGUCACGCAUACCAGGCUGGAUGACGAGGGGCCCUCGGUUUCCCUCCUCCCUUUCCACGCACCAUGCAACUACCUUGGCCAGAGCUAUUGUUCCUAGCGGCCCCCGUCAGUCACGUUCACGCUUAUCCCUGCCCUUCCCCCCUCCCCUGCCCUACCUGGCACACCCGCCAGAGCCCUGAAGUACGAGCCCCGGUGCCUGCCAGGGAUUUUCCCCACGCUGUUCCACCAGUCUACGAGAGAUCUGGAAGCAUCGUCACGUGGGAUGAGUGACCCCUUCGCCAUCGGGUCGGAAACCCCUAUGACGUCAAGCAGGGGUCUCUGUGUUUCCACGACCGACCCGGGACCGCUGAAUGCGAGACUUCUGGGUGUUUCGACGCCUGACUCUGCGGCUAUAAAAGGGUCCCCCCCGCUUGGCUCGAGAAAUAAGAGAUUGGUUGGUUGGUGAGAGGCGCGCGUGGCGCAUAUUACCUCAGUUGCAAUGUACACAAUGUAUGGGGUUUCACCAAGAGACAAGAGAGUCAAGCCUAAUUUAAAAUUAAUGCUUUAUCUCCUUAAUGAAUAUCCAUUAUUCCCUUUCAGAAAUUAAUAAGGAUAUCAUCAAGAACUUAGUUAUUAGAUCUUGCUAUAAAAGGAGAUGAACAGCGUCUAAAUUCGAAUGUAGCUGCAUCAACAUGUAGCCAAUUGUUGCAAUACAAAAAAACUUUCAGCGAUUUUGAACUUGACCAAAUCCCUAGCGAAAAUGAGUCGUGUUCAUCGGUAAGUGAGUACGAAUGUGAGGUUGAAGAGCACUUUAUUCAGCCCGAGCUACCAUUCCUUGUGAAGGAAGAUGAUAAUCCGGAGCCUGAAGUAUCAGUCCCAAUCGUGGAGGAUAUUGGUGAUAUUCAGUGCAAUAAAAUGAAAUGUGAAGUGCCAUUUCUUUUCUAGUAAGGUAUAGGUUACUUGGGAAAACUGUCCUAUUUUCAAUGGCAUAAAAAAUUUACUUGCGAUUGAGAUCCUUAUAUUCCAGAAGAUAUUUAUAACCCAUUAGAACUGUUCCUACAACUUUUCCUGUGGAUCUCUUAGAAAAUAUAGCUUUUCAGACCAAUCUGUAUGCUGCGCAGAAACUGGGAGGUUCUUGCAAUUUUCAUCACACUAAUUUUGAGGAGCUAAAAGCAUUUUUUGCCACCAAUCUCAUAAUGGGAAUACAGAAAUUGUAAUGCUACAAGGACUCUAGGUCAUCUAACCCUGCAAUGAGAGACACAUAUAUUUCUUAUAUGAUGUCGCGUAACAGAUUUUCAUGGUUACUAAGUCAUGUACGUACAUUUUAAUGAUAACGACCAUCAAUAAAAAAAAGGACAAGAAAACUACGACGAACUGUACAAAGUCCUCAAAGAGUUAAUAAAAUGAAAAGGCUGUGAAGUGUUUAAUUGAACAUGGUAAGAUUCAAACAGCUUUUUAUGUGUUUCAAUGUUUAUAUGAAUGUGAUUAUUGGCAGAAGCCGCAGCGUAAGCAUCAAGAAAUUUGGUAAUACUAGGCCUUUUAUUGUUAAAAUUGUGUCAUGUAAAUGGCAAAGUGGGGUGUUCUGUGCCAAGCGUCUCCAAGAGAAAUGUGUGUCACUAUUCGUGAUUAUGUCACGCUGGAGCUCUUAGCUGUACUGAAUGUAGUCAUAGCGAAGUUCGAUCUGCAAAAUGUGUCGAUUGCAAGCAGGAAGGUGGUUUUUAAGACUUGAACACGCAGCAUAAAUUUAAUAAUUUGAAAGGAAUUGGGAUGUGUAGGGUGAAACUUAUCAGGCAUAUAUUAUAGCUACCUAUUAUUUAACUUCUAAACUUCUCAUUUCAGUUACAUUGAAUCUUCAAAUUAUAUACAAAUGUGAUAAUAAUCUCAAUUUUCUCUAACCCUAUAACAAGUAUGAUAAUCAAAUAAAUAGCAUGUUCGGGUUCAAUCUCAAAGUCACUGGUCUCCAAGAUAGUGGCUAUCUUAAGUUACUCUUAAGUCUUAAUAUGCUUCUUCUAUUUUUUACAGAAAUUCUGAUGGUGCAGAUAAAAAUCCUUAUGCAACAGUGCGGAGGUGUAUGGAAAGAGCAAGACGUGAGCUAUUUCCACCAAUUACGGAGGAUUUGCGGGAGUUCUGCAAUAUUUUGGACGGCAGAACCUGGGCAGAUCUGUACAGCCCCAACCACGAAAAACAACUUGCCCACAAAGUCGUAGAAACUGACAAUGGACAAAUCACUGCAAUUGUUUUUGCUAAUGAUACCUUCCUUCAAUUCCUUUCGGAAAAUCCAACCGAACGUCGUGAGGUAUCAUUUGACGCUACCUUCAAAGUAGUCCCCCGAAGGCCGAGCGGCUUUUGUCAACUGAUGACAGCGGUGGUAUACUUUCAAGACAUAGGAUUUCCGAUUUUCUUCGCCUUGAUGACCAAACGGACUCAAGAAGCAUACGUUGCUGUCUUAGACAUAUUCCAUCAGAAGACAUCUGCUUGGGAAAUUGUGGCUGUAUCGUCAGAUUUUGAAAAAGGACUUGUUAAUGCCAUUAUAACCAGAUAUCCGAAUGCAGAGUUCCAUGGGUGUUGGUACCAUUGCUGCCAGGCUAUUUGGAGAAUGGUCAUGAAAACUGGUCUAGUGGAGGACUGCAAGAACAAUGACGACAUGAAGAGGGCUAUAAAAAUGUUGAUGGCACUAGCCCACUUGCCUGCAACAAGAGGAGCCCCACAUGACGAUGCUGUUCCUGCCUACGACAUUGCUGACGGAUUAGAGGCAAUCCUAAUUUUCAUACAUGAAAAAAAUUUGGAAGAAAAGUUGGCAAAUUUGAUCGAAUAUUUUCAAAACUACUGGAUGGCUAGAGUGACGCCCCGAUGCUUUUCUGUCUUCAAUCUACCAAGAAGAACAAAUAAUGCGUUGGAAUCUUUCCACGCUCUAGUUUUGUCAAUAAUGGGCCCACAUGCAAAUGUGUGGAAAUUUUUAGUUCACCUGUCUGACUUGAGCAACAUGUACUUUUCGGAAUUCAAAGCUCUUGUAGAAGGAAAGACUAUUAGAAGACAGAAACCACAGAACACCAACACGCAGAAUUUGCGAAAAAUCAUAGGAAAAUUAGUAUCGCGAGAAUUUAGCGUCACUGAAUUCCUGCGCAAAGCUGCGCACACAGUUGAUGGCGCAUAUAACACUUUGCAAACUCAGAAUGCGAGAGCAGAAGCUACUGAGGCUUAUCAAGCAUCGGAGGAUGAGGACGAUCCCGAAGAUGUCAUACCAAGAGCACUUCGGAAUGUGCCAGCAGAAGUAGAAGAGCUUUUGCCUGAAGAUCCAGAACCAGACCAAAGAACACACAUGACGUGUAAGGUUUGUCUUCUCAACCCAUUGACUCACCUGGUAUAUCCUUGCGGACAUUUCGUGUUAUGUGAGAACUGUGUAAUCGGCCUGAGAGAGAACCAAUCUCCAUUUGUAACACUAAAGUGUCCGGUAUGCCGCUCUGAGUGUGGCGAUAUUGUGCGUGUUUUUUUUGCUUAAUUAUCGUAUAUAGAUCUAGAUUUCACUAAUUAAACUGUAGAUGCAUGUGAUUCCUAAACCAAACAAACAAACUAUUGUAACAUACUUAAUAUUGUUUUUCAACCAAGGUACCAGAAGUAGGCCUAUGUAAGGUGUUUCUCUUAUUAUUUUAUAUUAAUUAUUGUCUAAUAUUAUAUUAAAUAAUUAUCAGACUAAAUUUAAAUGUUUUCAAAAAAGCAAAACAUAAUUACUUAUUCCAGAGAACUCCUUUCUUAAACCCUUUAAAACUAGGUACAUUUAAUCGGUGUGCCACGUGCUACUGCUUCUCAGGAUUCACGUUGCAGCACCCAUUAUUUUUUCAAGCUUCCAUGCGCAUGACAUAUAAAAAAAAUUAAAAUGUUAAAAGCUGUCAACACACAUUCAUCCGCAACGACAUAUUCUAAUAUUCAAAUACAUUGAUACAUCUCCUUCUCCAAUUUAUGAUUUUAUUUAUCUAAGUAAUAACAUUUAUUCUUGGUGUUGGAAUUUUAUAAGUCUACUAUUAAAAUAAAAUAUAAGUUGUAUUGGCUGUAGAAGCUAACACGGAUUAUUUAUCGCUACCAGCAUCAGACCUACUCAAACUGAUUUACAUAGCUUAUGUUUUCUUUACAUGCUUUCAUUUGCGCUUACAAUUUCUUUGAGGGCUUUCAUUUGCGCUUACAAUUUCUUUGAGGGCUUUCAUUUGCGCUUACAAUUUCUUUAAGGCCUUUCAUUUGCGACUACAAUUUCUUUGAGGGCUUUCAUUUACGCUUACAUUUUCUUAACAUGUAUUUCAUUUGCGACUACAAUUUCUUUGAGGACUUUCCUAUACACUUAUGUUUUCUUUACAUGCCUUCCUUUGU